GACAGUGGCAGUGAGACGCUGCCUGCCUGAGGAGGCCUCGGUUGGAUGCAAAGGAGCUGCGGCAUCCAGGUGGCAAGAUGCCAACUGCCAAGCAGCUAGCUGACAUUGGCUAUAAGACCUUCUCUUCCUCCAUGAUGCUCCUCACUGUGUAUGAGGGGUACCUCUGCAGUGUCAAAGUCUAUCACUAUUUCCAACGGCGCAGAGCCCAGCACCAGGCCGCGAAAGAACAGAAGACCUCAGGAAACCUGUAGAACUGAGGGGCUUUUUCUCCUAGCAGAGAGGCCCAAGGCAUGCUGUGAUGAGACCUCACCUGCCACCAUUUCCAAGUCAAGAGGACUAGAGCCUUGGUUUUCAAACUCUGUUGGAAGAAGGUGCCCAUGGUUUCUCUGGUUCUGCCAGUCUGUGCCAGUUUGAGUUUGUGGCGGCUAUUGAAUCAUAAUAGGAAUGUGAGGGUGAGGUAUACCUACAGACAUUAAAUAUUCUGCCAUGUCAAAAAAAAAAAAAA